AUAUAACCCACCAACACUAACGGCUUUCUGACAAACCUUACGUAACACCACGGAACACUAUUUGUGUUACAUAUCGCCAGCACACAACACAACCACAUCAUCACCACCACAGUACAACGCAUAACGAAAGUCUGUGAUCGUCUUUCCCCAGGUUGAACCAGUUAUGCCUAAAGGUCGCGUUGCUUCCCCUGGUGAUCUGAGUGAUGCAGGGUUCACGUCUGAUGGCAUCACAAAGGGCAGCCUGGCUGCCAACAUGAUGUCCAACUCCGACAGGUCGGCCUCCAGCAGAGGGGUCGUGCCCGGCAUGCAGAGUGCUGGCGCCAGGGGGCAGACUUACACAGGAGAGAACACGACCCGGACCGCGCUGGACCACUCUGGGUUCGGUUCUGGUGGCAUCCGGGGCAGCAGCGUCGGUUCCGGUGCCAUGAGCAGCGCCGACAAGUCGGGGUCCGGGAUGGGCGUGGUGUCGGCAAAUCAGUCUAUCGGCGCCAGGAAGUAGACAAUAAAACACCUUAGGAGUAGGAACAGUUUAAUUGAACACCUAUAGGAGUGGAAACACCUGCACGAGGACUGACUGAACAUCUCGACAAAAUCCAGGUUUUUUUUUUUCACUAAAAUGUUAAUAUAUUUUUAUUUAAAAAAAAAUAAAUUUUUUGGAAAUGCCAUGAAUAAAUUACAGUAAUUUAUUACGUUUAUUC